AUGGAUCCUUUGGCGUUACUGUCAGACGAAGAGGAUGAAGCUGGUGCUGACGGAGAAGAAAGAGGGCUACAAGAUCCAGAUCCCAAGCGGCUUCGCACAGCUGAGCCAGAAGGUGUGAACUUUGAAGCCUUGAGGCGUCAGGACCUUGGAGAUGCUGAGAGACAACUUGGUGGCCAGUGA